ACUCGUUGACAUUUGCUGUCGUCUGUCGGUGUCGGUCGUGGCAAGUUGGAAACUCAGAAACUUUGUUGUAAAAAACUUACUAUAUAACGCUGGCUAGAACAAGCAAGAAUUCUAACAAGAAAUAAAAUAGCAAGUGUUUUUCCCCACGGUCAAAUUGGAGCUACUAUUUACAUUUUAAAUUAAAAUGGCACAACCUAAAGCUGAUAUUGCCCUGAUCGGGCUGGCGGUCAUGGGGCAGAAUCUAAUCCUGAACAUGGACAGCAAAGGUUUUGUUGUCUGUGCAUUUAACAGAACUGUCGCCAAGGUGGAUGAAUUCCUCAAAAAUGAGGCUAAGGGGACCAAUAUCAUUGGUGCCACAUCCCUCGAAGAUAUGGUUGCUAAACUCAAGAAGCCUAGGAAGGUUAUGUUACUGGUGAAAGCCGGAUCAGCAGUAGAUGAGUUUGUACGGAAACUCGUGCCUCUUCUUGAAAAAGGGGACAUCAUCAUUGACGGUGGCAACUCUCAAUACAUAGACACACAGCGCUGGUGUAAGGAACUUGCGUCCACUGGCAUUCUAUUCAUUGGCAUGGGUGUGAGCGGAGGUGAAGAUGGAGCUCGCUACGGACCUUCUUUGAUGCCCGGUGGACAUCCUGCAGCAUGGCCACAUGUCAAACCUAUCUUCCAGGCGAUAUGUGCAAAGGCGAACAAUGAGCCGUGCUGUGAUUGGGUGGGAGAGGAUGGCGCCGGCCACUUCGUCAAGAUGGUGCACAACGGCAUUGAGUAUGGUGAUAUGCAGCUCAUCUGCGAAGCCUACAAUCUCAUGAAAGAUGUCUUAGGUAUGGAACAAGGAGAGAUGGCCCAAGUAUUCGAAGAAUGGAACAAAGGCGAUUUGGACUCCUUCCUCAUCGAGAUAUCGAGAGAUAUUCUGAAAUACAAGGACAGUGACGGUAAAUAUUUGCUGCCUAAGAUUCGCGAUACCGCGGGACAGAAGGGAACUGGCAAAUGGACUGGUAUCGCCGCCUUAGAAUAUGGUGUGCCGGUCACGCUAAUUGGUGAAGCUGUGUUCGCGAGAUGCCUUUCUGCUCUCAAAGACGAGCGUGUAAAAGCCAGCAAAGUAUUGCCUGGUUCCACAACUAAGUUCAGCGGGGAUAAGAAACAGUUCUUAGAGCAUCUUCGCAAAGCUCUUUACGCCAGCAAGCUGAUAUCUUACGCACAAGGAUUCAUGCUCCUUCGUGAGGCUGCUAAGGCGAACCAAUGGAACUUGAACUACGGCAGCAUUGCGUUAAUGUGGCGAGGCGGCUGCAUCAUCAGGAGCGCUUUCCUCGGUAACAUCAAGGACGCGUUUACCAAGAACCCUCAGCUUACCAACUUACUCUUGGACCCGUUCUUCUGCGAUCGCAUCAGCGGUUCCCAGCAGUCGCUGCGUCAGGUGGUAGCUCAGACCGCGCUGGUGGGAGUUCCCGCGCCAGCCUUCUCGGCCGCCCUCGCUUUCUACGAUGGCUACAGGUCCGCAGUACUACCCGCCAACAUGCUACAGGCUCAAAGGGACUACUUCGGUGCGCAUACAUACGAGCUGAUUACGAAGCCUGGCGAGUUCGUGCACACCAACUGGACCGGCCACGGAGGCAACGUGUCUGCUUCUACGUACAACAACUAAAUAUACAACUGACAAAACGCGGGACCAAUAACAACACAAUCAGCAGACGUUUUUAAUAUUGCUACAUUUUUAUCAUGUUAAGUUUGUCGAUCAAGUUUUUGAUUAUAUGUAUACUCGCGCUUAUGAUCAACAGUGUUGCAUAGGUGGCUGGGAACUGCAGUGCGAUAUAGGCAGCGUUCACGUUCGAAUGGAAGAUAGUUUUGAUGUAUUUGUAUUGCUAUAACAUUCCUACACAAAUUGUUUUGGGGUAGUUGCGAUGAAAUCAUUGUAAAAGUUAACAUUCCCAGUUGACAAUUCCUAUAUUAUUAAAAGAUCGUAUUUAAGAGAAAAUGAAUUGAAUGUAUUGUUACUGAAGUUUCUAUGAUGGCUGUUUGUCUUUCUAUUUAUUUGUUAAGUACAUGAAUUGCUUUUUGGGUACAUCUAUUUUUGGAAAACUUUAAAUAUAUUUUUUUAUUUACAA